GUGACAAUCAGACGCGGUGUAUUUGACAUAUUCCCUCACAUUUAUAUUAAUUUUCCCUAUCCUUGUUCCUUCUAAUUAAUUUAAGAAUUUUCUAUAAUUUAAUGAAUAUUUCGAUUUUCUUUUAUUCAAGAAUAAUUCUUGACAUUUCAAGUCAAUGACCUGAUACUAAAAAUAAGUAUAGAAUCUGCAAAAAAUGAAAGAAAAAUGGAACUGCAUUUUGUAUCUUAUCUGGUUCUCGUAUUUAAUAAUUGCCGGAAUAUUAAUGUUUGGGCACGGAUUUUUAUUAUCACGAAAAACUCUUGACGAUGUAUCACAAUGCCUAUCUCACGAGAACCUUGGCUGUGAUGGGCAUGAAAGUUUAACCGGGACAACCGAUUGUAAAUCCGACAAGAUUGAACUUUUUCUAAACAACCCUGGUUCACCUUUAUUAUGUUCUUCAUUGCGGAAUAGAGUUGUUCUUAUUUUGGUUGAUUCGUUACGGUUCGACUUCACAGAGUACGACGAAAAUCUCGAAAACCCCUUAUAUUAUCAAAAUCGGUUGCCUAUUAUACACAAAACUUUAAAGAAAUGGCCGGAAAAAUCCAGGUUAUACCGCUUUAUGGCAGACCCACCUACAACUACGUUUCAGAGAGUGAAAGCCCUUGUAACAGGGUCUCUUCCUACAUUUGUUGAUGCAAGUUCAAAUUUUGCUGCCUUGGAGUUACAUGAAGAUAAUAUUAUAGACCAGGUGGUUAGAAGCAAAGGUCAUGCUGUACUCCUUGGUGAUGACACAUGGGCCAGGUUGCUACCAGGACGCUGGCUUCGAUCACAUGCCAUGUAUUCAUUUCACACUUGGGAUUUGGACACUGUUGAUACAGAAGUUGAUUCAAAGAUCUAUGAUGAGUUAAAGAAAGAUGAUUGGACAUUACUACUUGCCCAUUAUCUGGGGGUAGACCAUGCUGGUCACAGAUACGGACCAAACCAUCCGGAAAUGAUGAGGAAACUGAAUGAAACAAAUAGUAGAUUGGAGAAAAUCAUUGAUACACUGCCUUCUGAUGCUAUUUUGUAUGUUAUUGGAGAUCAUGGAAUGACAGAGACAGGCGCAGGUGAUCACGGAGGUGAGACAAAAGCUGAACGCACAGCUGCUUUAUUUGCAUAUUAUAAAGGGGGUUUCGCUGGUGAUGGCAGUGAUAUUGAAAUCGGAAGAGAGAUACAGCAAACUGAUUUGGCUCCUACGGUAACUGCAGCUAUCGCCAGUGUUCCACCAGCUCCAUCCUUGGGCAAUGUAUUGAUGCCGUUACUUCCUAAAAUGUCAAAGACAAAUACAUUGUUGCAUUUAAGCAAUAACUUAAAACAAAUAUCGCAAUACUUAGUGAGAUAUGGAGAAGAAUCUCAGCAGGUGUCCCUAGAUAGAUUAGCUGAACUGAUUAAUUCUACAAGAGACCAAAUAGAAAAAACUUCUAAUGUGAAGACGGAACAAGACCUCAAAACGUAUAUAGCCGAUGUUAGGUCUUUAAUAGACAACAUACGAAGCGUAUUCAGAGAGGUGUGGGUUGAAUUCGAUUCUCUGUCAAUGUUAAGGGCUCUUCUGUUGCUCCUUUUAGCGGUCUUUUUCAAUUGGAUAAUAGCUGAAGGAAUCCCAGUAGAAAGAAUACCGCAUGUAUUUGCCAGUUCCUUCGUCCCCACUGGCGUAAUAUCUAAUGCAGUCUGCAUAUCACUGGUGUACACUGGCUUCUAUUUUGAAUUGUAUGAAGAUCUAGAGAGCGCAAUCAUUCUGUCGACUGGUCUAGUCUCAGGAGCGAUAACUUGUGCGUUGGCUAUACUCCAUUGGGAUGGGAUCACACAGAAAUGGUACGAAGGUCGUACGCAGUUUUACGAGCGAUUCGCGCGUUCUGCUCUAUUCGCGUCUGCCGCUGUUCUAGUAUCCAACAGCUAUAUAAUAGAAGAGGGUUCGGUGCUUUCUUACUUGUCUUUGAGCGUUUUGGGUGUAAUCGCCUGGAACAUUUCCAAUUUGAAGGCGUUAGGUUUAUGGGCUGGGUGUGGGGUAGUUUUAGCUUUAUCUAGGUCCUAUAGGGGUUGUAGAGAGGAACAGGGGGAUUGCUGGACGGCUGGGGGCAAUUUGCCCACGGGGCAAGCUUCGAGGGCAGCUCUGGUUAUAGCGUUAGGUUCGGUGGCAGCGGUUGUUGCGGUUGCUAGGCGACACGUAUCCUGGAGGGGAUAUGGAAUAGUUAUAGCGGGUAUUUUUACUUGUGCCCAUUGGGCUGUCGGUUGGGGCUCACUAGGGUCACCGACUAGAUCUAGACUGCUGGCUCGGGUGGCUUGGCUCUGUAUUGUGACUAUGUUUGGACUUCUUUUGAAGAAAGAUCGUAAUGGCCCGACGGUACCUUUGGUGGUGGUCGGUUUGCUAUUUUAUUUGGCGAAUUGUUUGGUGCUUGGCGCUUCUUAUGCGCCGGCGGCUGCUCUCGCGCUGCUUUCUGGGUUUUUGGUUCUGAACAUCGUUGGUAUGAUGAAGAUUGAAGGAUCUACGAAAUAUUCACUUUCAUCGCGAUGCAGUUCAAGCCUGGCCUGCGUAUGGGCGUUACUUGCAUCCUACCACUUCUAUGGGGCUGGUCACCACCCCACCUUGAGCCACAUACGUUGGACAGCCGUGUUCCACGCCGGUGACCCUAACUACCUGCCAUUUGGACAUGCUAUAUCGUUCCUGUUGAUGACUGUCAGUUUGUUUGGUAUGCCAAUGAUGUUUGGUGCGACAGUGCCGCUGUUGGCACUUUGGGGCCGCAAUGGGGCUCCGAUGGGGCCUCGCUCGCAGUUGGCGGCGGUAUUCACGCUUUGUCUAAAAUUUGCACUUUGUUUCGCUAUCAGGGUUUUCUCAUGUGCAUUAUCAGCAACGAUUCACUGCCGGCACCUUAUGAUUUGGGGCGUGUUCACACCAAAACUACUGUUUGAGGCCGGCGCGUGCGCAUCCGCACUUUUUGGCACCUUACUCGGUGCCGCACUUACCGCGUGGCACCUACCCUCGCAAAACCGUUCCAGUUGACAAAAACGAAAUAAUGCUUGAUAGACUGAUAUUUUUCAUUAAUAUGCAAUAAUUAGGUAAUUGAUGUGCUAUUGUGCGAGUGGGGUUUUGAGAGCGGACGCACAGAACUGCCGUUUUAUAAAUAUUCUGUGUAUUUUUUUCGUUUUUUUUUUGCGGAUACAAAAUAUGCCGUUUUCAGAUGUCAGAGGCACACGUGUUAGAUAAAUUUUGUUCAUUUCUAAUAAAACUCUUCAUACAACUAUGGCGAUUCACAGGAUAUAGGUAUAAUCGUCUUUUAUGACAAGAAAUAUGCGGCCAUUUGUAUUAAACUAAUCAAGUAACGAUAGGUAAUUAUCGAUACAACAACAAAAGCUAUAUAAACCUUGUUUUCAUUGGAACUGCAAUAAUAAUAUUAUCUUUUUUGUUACAACUCAUACAACCUGUAUGGUAUUAGCUUUUUUAUAUUUGAACUUUUGUAAAUGUCUGGGAGUGCUGUUUAAAUUUUUUUGGGAUGUUAGUAUUUGAGUGUGUUGUGAUUCUAGAUUUCGAAUUGAAACGAGUUUUCGACUGAAUAGUCGUAAUUUUUAUUACUUUUUUAUUCAAUGAAAUGCAUAAGGCACUAUGUAUAAGAAUAUGAUUGUCGAAAUUGCGGAUAGUUAAAAUACUAAACGAAGAUUAUCUAGUAUAUAAAAUUCUCGUGUCACAGUUUUCGUUGUCAUACUCCUCCGAAACGGCUUGACCGAUUUUGAUGAAAUUUUUUGUGCUUAUCCGGUAUCUAUGAGAAUCGGCCAACAUCUAUUUUUCAUACCCUUAAAUAAUAAGAGUAAGGCAGAACAGCGUUUGCCGGGUGCAGCUAGUGAUUUAUAUUUAUUUAUAGUCUACCAAAAAUUCCCAAUGCUUUCUUUAUCGACUAGGCACUGCUUCUAGGCAUUUUAUACGCAUUUAGUGUAUGCCGCGUGGUUGGUUUUUAUUGUAUUUUGUUCAAUACACAGAAAACGGUUAAAAUAUUUACUUUAGGUUUUUGAAGUCCGUAACCUAUAUCACUUUAAAUCUAUAAACCUACCUACCUGAGUACGAUACGAUUUAAGAAAAUGUAUAAAGCAGAUAGCUUAGUCCGAUGCACACAUGUUGCGUGACGGAGAUGCGAGAUACGUUUUGUAUAUAUCCAUCCCUGUCACACAUUUAAAUAUGUAGACUUGAAAUUCUAAGCUUCUGAAAAGGUCCAUUUAUAAUACCUAUUCUAACUUAUAUUAAUGUAUAUUUAGAUACAUAUUAUUGUUAUAUACAAGUUACAGGUACUUAUAUAAAUAUAUGACACCAAUCAGGAAUUUUAACAUAUAAAUAUGCAAGUAUAAUUGAAUGUAAUAACGUGUCAAAAUUAUAGACAGGUUGUACACCGAGAAUAUUAUAUAUAAAAUAAUGAAAGGAGGGCUAUAUUGAGGUAGUUAUUUGAUAGCACACGCUGCACUAAAAAAGAGACAAACUACAGUCAGCUCCUGUCGUUAGACAGGGAUGAGUAUAAAUCAAUUGUUACGUAUCGAUUGCUGCUGAGCGCUUAGUACCAGUAUAUAAGUAAUAUGCUGGUAGUCAUAAUCUAUAUAACCUAUGAUUAUUAGCGUGCAACAUAGUAAAACAGAGCUCGCUCGCCUUCGCCAAGUGUCAACUAUGGUAUAAUAUAAUAAUAAUAAUAUACAGUAUAAUAUUGGUUGUGAAUAAAAGUGCUGUACCUACUUACGAAGAUAUAACACGAUAUUCUGUCUAAGAGAGACAGUUGGCAUAUAAAUGUACCACUUAAAAAUAUAGGAAGGCAUUUUUGCGAGGAAUAACUAAAUAAUAUUUACGCAUCAUAACAAAGUUUACCCAGUGCGAGAGCUUGUCCUUGUUGGACUCAUAGUCGGGCAAUUACCUGCCUUUCAUAAUGCCAUUCUAUAACGUGUGUACAACGUAUCUAUAACUUUUGAACUGACUUAGUUAAAUACUCUUUUUCAGUAUUGUAUUUUUAUGCAAAGAACAUUGACGAAUAUGAACGAAAUGUGAGUUAUUUUGAAUUAAAUAUUAUUCAUAUUAAAACGUCCUUCUUGAAAGUAUUAUUUUAUUAUUUUUUUACAAUAACCGUUGCAUAACGAGAUUCUUUUUUUUAUUUCUAAGCAAAUAUUCGUUUAGUUUCUGUUGAUUUAACUCAGUUAAAUAUUUUGCUAUUCAAUUGAAGUUUCUAGUCUUAUUUUAAAGUGCGAUUCAAAUGUUUAUGAAAAAUGUGUGUUUAAUAAAUAUCACUGCCAAAUUGCAAGCUAUAAAUUAGUGUUGUUGUUUUAUAAUGAGAUAAUGUUGUUAAUUUUAUAGUUUUAAAAUU